AUGUUCCGCACAACCGCAGUCCGUUCGCUGCCGCGAUCCUUCGCAACUGUUCAAGCUGCUGCCCCGCGAGCCAGCAUCUACAACCAUGUCCUGAAGGCUUCUUUGAGAACCUCUGCGCGCCCCGUCCGACCGUCGAAGGUCCUUUCUCUCACCGUUGCGCGAUCUGUCCAGAAAUCAAUUGUCCGCUACGAAUCUACUGCCGGACAGAAGGCAGCCGCCUUGGACACGAAGAAAUUCGAAGCGGAUUUGCUCAAAGAGACUCUGAAGCCUGUCCCCGAGGUUGUGUCUUCAUCGUCGAGCGUACGCGGAAUCGCUAGUGAGGUGGCUGCCGAGCAAGAUCAGGACGUGGACAUGAUGGCAGGCAUCCGGAGUGACUUUGAAACUAUCAAGGACACGUUCUCCUUGCGUGAGGUGCCCCGUCAAGCACUCAACGUUGGUCUUGCAGGUGUUGUCCCUUAUCUGGCAACAUCUCUUACCACCGUUUACCUGUCUUUUGAUAUCCAGUACGCGGCCACCCAUGGCACCGGCUUUUUGCUGUCUGGCCAGACUGCCGAGGCUCUCUUGCAUGUCCUCGAACCAAUUCAGCUUGGUUAUGGAGCUGUGAUCAUCUCCUUCCUUGGCGCCAUUCACUGGGGUCUCGAGUGGGCUGGCUUCGGUGGCUACAAGGGCUACCCUAGAUACUCCAUGGGUAUCGUUGCCACUGCCGUCGCGUGGCCGACUCUUUUAUUGCCCGCAGAGGUCGGCCUGAUCGCCCAAUUCCUUGCAUUCACGUUCUUGUACUACAACGACGCUAGAGCGGCGUCUCGGGGCUGGGCUCCUUCUUGGUAUGGAUCGUACCGAUUCGUCCUGACCUUCGUUGUCGGCGCCAGCAUUGUCGCAUCCCUGGUUGGCCGUGGCCAAAUCGCCGACUUGGUCACCCGACCACCUGGUCCUGCUGACCAGUUGAGAGCCCUGCGAGCACAGCAGUUGGAAGAGCUGGGCCCUGAGCCAGAGGCCGAAGAGGAAGAGGAUGAGGAUGAGGAAUAG